CCAGACUACAUGUGCCAGAUCCUAUCUAGCCUAUACUACGAAGCAGAAAGAUGAUAUCAGCAGCGUUCCCGAAGUACGAGCAUAUGGCGACCAAUGUCGCACGCUUCAGCACCAGGGCCUUCUACCUGCACAUUCUCCCUGGCCAGGAGGAGGACGUCACGUUCUACUCAGUGAACGUCAUGGAUCUUCUUCGCUACGAUCCACUCUGUCCCGAGGCUGAGCUCAUCUCUCUGGAGCCCGAUCCCCCUGACCCUCCUUCCAUCUUCGCGGCUCCCAUCUCUACAUCCACUCGUCAGCCUGCAGAUACCCCCUCCACGUCUCAGGCCCCUGCGCCGUCGACUGUCGAGUCCAAACAUACGUCUCGUGCUGACGCAGACGAUGAGGAACUCACACGGUUCACGGCAGACUUAGAGCCGGCUGUUCGCGACCUGAUUCGAGAGUACCGCGACGUCUUUCCCCCGUAUUUCUCAUACAGUGGGAUUCCCCCGAUGCGCAGUGUUGAGCAUUCUAUCCAUCUCGUGCCUGACUAUCGUGUUCACCAUCAGGCACCGUACCGACUCUCGAUCCCAGAGGCGACGGAACUCAAGCGUCAGCUUGAGGAGCUCCUUCAACUGGGUUUCAUUAAACCCAGUAACUCCCCUUGGGGUGCACCUGUCCUCUUUGCUCGCAAAGCGGACGAAACUCUCCGCCUCUGCAUCGACUAUCGCGGCCUUAACCGUUACACGGUUAAGAACAGUUAUCCCAUGCCCCGCGUGGAUGAGCUGUUUGACCGUCUGGCAGACAACUGCUUCUUCACGAAGAUCGAUAUUCGUAGCGGUUACCACCAGAUCCACGUUGCCACAGAGGAUCAGCCGAAAACCGCCUUCCGAUCGCGCUUCGGCCACUAUGAGUUCACGGUGAUGCCAUUCGGCCUCACCAAUGCACUCGCCACCUUCCAGACGGCGAUGAGCGACAUCUUCAGGGACAUCCUUGAAGAAUACGUUCUCGUAUACCUGGACGACAUCCUGGUCUACAGUCGUACCUUAGAAGACCAUCUCAGACACCUCCGGGAUGUCCUACAGCGCUUACGCAAGCAUGGCUUAUAUGCCAAGCUCAGUAAGUGCCGCUUUGCCCAGCGCAAAGUGGACUUCCUAGGACACCAUGUGUCUGACGAGGGUCUCCACAUGGACGACGCGAAGAUCACUGCUAUUGCAGAGUGGCCCGUCCCCACAUCUGCCAAGCAGCUUCGCAGUUUCCUAGGCCUCACUAGCUACUAUAGUAAUUUUAUCCAGGGAUACACUGGGUAUUCCUACGUCCUUACUUCUACCCUCCUCCGGAAGAACCCGCCGUGGUUUUGGACACCCCUGUGCGAGGACGCCUUUCGCGCCCUCAAGAAGGCGGUGACCUGUGCGCCGGUUCUUUGCCUUCCCGAUUUUGAUCCUCCCUUUAUCGUCACCACCGAUGCGUCAGAUUUUGGAGUAGGAGCUGUCCUUUCUCAGGUGUUUCCCUCUCCUCCAGAUUCACCUUACCCCCAUGUUCCUCCUUUCCCCCCCCCUCCUGCUGACACUGCUUCUCGACUGACGCCUACCCUCCCACCACUUCCCCCCACUGACAGUCCUCCUGUUACCUACUCCCCGACCAUCGUGGAGGAUGGGACUGUCGAGGCUCGUGCUGGGGAUUGCCCGAUCGCUUUCUACUCCCGUCAGCUACUGCCUGCCGAGAUAAACUACACUGCCGAUGAACGUGAGAGUUCCGCUGCUUUUGCGGAUAGCGUGUUUAUGGCUCUUGCGAUCCAUUACAGCGUGCGGACAGGUUGGUGUUGUUAUGAGGAGGCUGCUGGUGAAGGGCUGCGAUGGGUAUGGUUGCCAGCAUCAUCAUGCAUCGAACUCUUACUCGAGCCACGGAAUACGGUAUGCCAUGCGUCGAAUGCGAAGGUGAGGGUGAUGGAUCAGUUUGGACAGGCAGAGGAAGAUCAAAGGGACUGCUCACAGGAUAUGGAUUCAGAAGAUUUAUCAGAAGAAGAGGGAGAACAGGAAACGUCAGAGAAGGAGGAGGAGGACAUAACCCUAGAGCAGUGGGUCAAUGAAGUGGAACAAUUAGAAUGGGGUAGGACGAUUGAAUGCGAGAUCAGUCCAAAUGAAUUGCCGCUCCGGCUAGGAGUUCUACCUUCUCUUCUGAAUGAUUUCAAGCUGUUUCUUUCAUUGGGUUCAUUGAUGCCUGCGUCUACACGGUUGCAAACGAGAGAGAGAGAGAGAAGAGAGAAGCUACUGAGUGUUGCUCUUGAGGGAGUGAGGAGAGGGAAGAGGAGUGUUCGUCACAAAGCUGAGAGGAAGUACGGACCCCUCUUGAGAGUCUUACUGACACCGUCAUCCUCCAUCAUGGCAUCUGCAGCAGAUUGGAAACUGCAAAUGGACGCUGCCCUUGAGGCAGAAAAACCGCGGUAUCAGUUCUUCUACGAGAAAGCCUUGAAGAGGGAGGAGGAAGAGAAAGAGAGAGAGAGAAGGGAUAAGSUGCAGGCUCACGAGGCCGUCCUUAGCACCGUGUCCGCUCUGACUGAUGAGGAGGUAGAAGAGAAAACGGUCCCCCUCCUCAGAGCCUUAGCAGGGGUCCGGGUUGCUGAGGACCAUACUGGCCAACUAGCACAGGUGUUUAAGCAGCUCAAGGAGUUGCUCGAAGACAUGGCCAAGAUGGCGCAGCAGCACCGCGAUCAGCUGCAACAGUUUGCUAGUUCGCAACAGGCUCAAAUCGUCUCUCCACUCACCUACCCUGCUUCUAAUGCUGCGUGUCAGUCCAGUUUUGCCCCUCUGACUAUGUCUACUUCUCCUUCUACUUCCUCUUCUUCUUUGAGUGUGGUUAACAGCCAAAGCGGAUCUGCAGCAAGUCCAGACCCUGUUGCUGCUGCUGCUGCUGCUGCAGCGGCAAGUGGUGGUGCAGGGACUUCUGGAACUGUUGCAGUCCCGAGUCCGGACCCAGCAAUGGCUGGGCCAGGCGGCAGCUUUGCUUACAUCGACAGGAAGGCGGCGCAGAUUCCGUCCAAGUGUGACGGAAAGGACGACGUCGAGUCUUGGAUCAGCUCCAUGCGAUCCUACUUUGAUGUGUUGGGGACACCCCCGUCCACUCAGUCGUCUAUCCUGGAGACCAAUGUGGAGCCCGUCGUGAGGGGUUUUCUGGAAACCCAAGCUGUCCAAUCAGGCUACAAGAGAAUAUACCUGAACAAAUGGCUGAAGGCUACGCCUACUACCGCACUUGAGGAUCUCUUGAUCAAACAAUAUGUUGAUCCACAUGCUGCAGCUAAAGCAAGACUCAAGCUUGACAAGCUCAAGCACAGCAAGUGGACCGGCACCAUGCACAGCCUGCAGCAGUAUGUUAGUAAGCUCUUUGCUAGUCCGGAUUUGGAGAUGACUGCGCAGUCCUGUCUGGAUGUGAUAAAAGGUACGGUCCCCUCUACUCUAAAAGAUCGCCUAGGGCUCGGGCUCAGCGGAUAUACAAAUUGGCUUACCCUCAUGCGGGACUUAGUCAAGCUGGAGGCACAAGACCUCCCGCGUGGAUCAAGUGGCAAAAAGGCCACCAGCCGCAAACGGUUUCCAGGCAGCAACCGUUUUGCAGCACAUGAUCUGCUUGAGGCUGACGAGGAGACCCUCGUGGAUGAAUCUUCUCUUGAUGACGAUCAAGAGCAAGACUGCGGGGCUUCUUGCUCUUUGUCAGCCCAUGAGUCUGAGUACGUAAAUGACGAAGAAUCUGUGAAUGCCUUUAAAAAGACUGCCUUAAAAAAUCCUUCUUUGGAUUCUGAUCCCAAUCAGCAAACCUCUCCCGAAACCCCAUCUGAUGCUGAUUCCAAGGCUGAGAAGAUCCACAUCCUAUACAACGAGCUUUGGGUAGAGUCGGAAGAGAUUGACUUCCAUGCUCUGUUGACGCGCUGGGCUCAUAUGAAGCAAGAACGCGCACAAAGGAGAACGAAGCUGAUUUUCUUCAAACUCUACAUUAAUGGCCGUUACAUCCGUGCGUUGGCUGAUUGUGGCGCAACCGCCAACUACUUCUCACCGCACGACAUACGUAAGGCAAGCUUGGGGAUGAAGCAAGUGACUUUGCAGAGUCCUUGUCGGACCCAAGUAGGCAACCAAGAGGUUGUCACAUCUACGCAUGCAGUCAAAGGUGUGCGCACUACCUUUGAUGCUCACCGCACAAUCACGCAUAAAUUGAACUUCUAUGUCCUUGAUCAGUGCCCCUUCGACGCGGUUAUUGGAUUGGGCUGGUUGCAGGCCCAAUGUGAAAGAACCACGUGGAAGGACUCACAAUUCAUGGUCAAAGAUGCCAUGGGAAUCGAGCGACCAGUCCUCUUGGAUGAGCCGCGCAAGUCCCAAGUAACCUUUCUCAAUGCAAUGCAAUUCUGCAAAAAGUGGCGCAGGCGCAAAACCGAUGAGCAAAUGUAUAUAGCCUUUGUUAGACCUGCUCAUGUGCCUUCUAUUUUUGCUGUACAUAAUGAUUCUACUUUGCAUGUUGUUUCCACCUCGGAGGCAACUACUUCUACCUCUACUAAAUCCAUCUCUAGUCCAAAUGACUCUGCUGCAAAAUCUGUUGUCUUGGCUGCACCUAUGCAAACUUAUAUGCUUGCUCCUGAGAGUGAUGAUCCCCCUCCGGAAAUCCCACCGGAAAUUCGCAGCCUUCUCAACCGAUUCCCUGAGGUCCUGGCCGAACCGCAUGGAGUUCCCGUGCGACCGGUCAGACACAAGAUCGAGUUGAUUGAAGGAAGUACCCUUCCAAAAGGUUGUGUCUAUCGAAUGGGCUCAGGCGAAAUGGAGGAGUUGCGACGACAGAUUGAUGAGAUGAUUGGGAAGGGAUGGAUCAAGCCCAGUGAGUCUGAAUUCGGUGCACCGGUGCUGUUUGUCCCUAAGAAGGGAGGCAAACUGCGGAUGUGUAUUGACUACCGCGGAUUGAAUAGAAUCACAAGAAAGAAUGAGUACCCUUUACCACGUAUCCAUGAUCUUCUCGACGCUGCAGGUGGGUGCAAAGUCUUCAGCAAGAUCGAUCUCAAGUCUGGCUACCUCCAGAUUGAAGUCGAACCUGCAAACCAGCACAAAACUGCAUUCAAAACUCGCGAUGGGCUGUACGAGUUCACAGUCAUGCCCUUUGGUCUCAUGAAUGCACCAGCCACCUUUCAAAGUCUCAUGGAUAAGCGCAUCAAACCGUCUCGACAGAAGCCCUAUGGGCUGCUGCACCCUCUUCCUAUCCCUGAUGGCCCGGGUGAGUCUGUUUCCAUUGACUUCACGGACAUGGGGAAGAAGAGCAGAAACGCUUAUUCACAAGUAAUGGUGAUCGUCGAUCGUUUUUCCAGGUUUAUGAAUCUAAUCCCAUUACCACCUCACGCCCCAACUGACCUUGUGAUCGAAGAAUUUAACAAAAGGUACAUUCUGCAGUGCGGUCCCCCGAAGACUCUUGUGAGUGAUCGGGAUACCAGGUUCAUAAGUGCAGAUUGGAAAGACUUCACCUCCCAGACCUACGACAUGAAACUGAAGAUGACGUCUGGUCGACACCCCGAAACCAGUGGACUAGCCGAGGAGAUCAACCAGACCCCGAUCCAACUUCUCAGGGCUCUUAUCGUGCUUGACCAGAACUCUUGGGAUGAGGAGUUGCCGAGUGUGCAGGGGUUGUACAACAACUCCAUCCACUCUUCCACCGGGAUGACACCUAACAAGCCACCUGGCCUAACACCUGGCCAGCCAGGCUAUAGUGCUAAGUACGAUCGUUUGCUUAAAAUCGUUGUCGCAGCUAUGGAGAGGCGACGCAGUGCUAUGAUUAAGCAUGCAAACAAGAAGCGCCAGACUGAUCCCUUCACCGUGGGAAGUUAUGUCUGGGUCAAGAUGUCUGAGUUUUCUGAAGAAGAAGGUGUAUCACGGAAACUUCUUCCUCAGUAUUACGGUCCUUGGAAGGUGCUGAAUCGAGUAGGUAAUGAUUCCUUCGGUCCUUCUUACACGAUUGAUGUGCCUGCUCAUCUCCGCACAUACCCAGUCUUCCACGCAUCAAAGUUAUUUCCGUAUGAGCCACGUGAGACUUUCAAGUACCGAGAAUCGAUGAUUCCCCGCGCAAUCAAUGGCGGUCACGAGGUUGAUAGAAUUGUCGAGCACAGUGGGAAGGGAAGAAACAAACAAUACAAAGUCCAUUUUCUCUACCAUCCGCUGAAUGAUUUCUAUUGGAUUGGACCUGCAACAGGUGCAGAUUCCGAUGUUGCUGUAACAAGCAAUGAAGCCGAAACUUUUGCAACUACUGCAGCCCCAAGGUUGGAAUCAGUAGGUGCUGGUCCCAGCUACGCUGGUCCCUACGUAGACCGAAAGGCGGUACAAAUGUCGUCUAAGUACGACAGCAAGGAAGACAUCGAGUCCUGGAUCGGCUCCACGAGGGCCUACUUUGAGAUUCUGGGAACUCAACCUGAGAACCAGGCGGUGAUCAUGGGAAUGAAUGUCGAACAGGUCGUACGGGGCUUCCUAGAAGUCCAAGCGACGCGGGCUGGGUUCCAAAAGACUGCACUAGCCAAAUGGCUUAGGACCACCCCGGUUGCCUCCCUCGAGGAUCUCCUUAUCUCACAGUAUCAGGAUCCACAUGCUGCGGCUAGAGCAAGAAUCCAACUUGACAAAGUCAAGCGCAGCAAGUGGACAGACUCCAUGAAAAGCCUGCAAACCUAUCUUAGCAAGAUGUUCGCUACUCCUGGUUUGGAAUUGUCUGCUCAAUCUUGCUUAGAUGUGGUUAAGGGUGCGGUUCCAACUAACUUCACCAAUCGCCUGGGCAGGGACUACAUUGCAUACACUGACUGGCUCACCUUAAUGAAGGACAUAGUCAGUUUGGAGGCUGUAGACCUCGUUAGCACGGCAGGCAGCAAAAAGCCCAUGGGCGGCAGACGGUUCCAGGGCAGCAGCCGUUUUGCUGUGCAUGACCGGCUGGAGGCCGAAGAAGAAGCCGAUGAGGGUGACCCCACUCUUGGUGACGACCAAGAACAGGACUCCGAUACAGCUUGUGGGUGCAAGGUCUUCUCCAAGAUCGAUCUCAAGUCUGGCUACCACCAGAUUGAAGUCGAUCCUGCGGACCAGCACAAGACUGCGUUCAAAACAUGCGACGGGCUUUAUGAGUUCACCGUAAUGCCCUUCGGUCUCAAGAACGCAACAGCCACUUUCCAAAGCCUCAUGGACAAGGUCCUCCGCGAACAGAUUGGCCGGUUUGUGGUAGUGUACCUGGAUGAUAUUCUGAUCUUCAGCAAGUCCAUGGAGGAACACCUCAAGCAUCUUGAGGAGGUGCUCGCUAUCCUCAAGAAGACGCAGCUCUAUCUCAACUUGGAGAAAUCUGAGUUUGGGAAGGAUAGCGUCAUCUAUCUUGGGCACCAGUUGUCUGCUGCAGGCCUAGAGCCUGAGGCAACCAAGAUUGAGGUCAUACGCGAUUGGCAUCAGCCUGCGAACAUUCGCGAAUUGCGUUCUUUCCUUGGUCUCACGUCGUACUAUCGAAAGUUUGUACCCCGCUUCUCCAUCAUUGAUCGUCCAUUGUCGCGACUAACCAGUAAAAAUGUGCCUUAUUCCUGGGAUGCCGCGUGUACGGAAGCUUUUCGGGCUCUCAAGGAAGCCUUCGUAAGUUACCCAGUACUCCGCAUUGCAGAUCUCAAACUGACAUUCGUAGUUACUACGGAUGCAAGUCAGUAUGGAAUCGGUGCAGUGCUGCAACAAGAUGACGGUGAUGGCCUGCGACCACUCGAGUACUACAACAAACGGAUGCCCAACGUAAAGGUAGCCACUUCCACCUACAUGCGUGAGCUCUAUGCUUUGCGCAUGGCGUUGGAUCACUGGAGACAUUAUCUUUUGGGACGCCACUUCAAAGUCUUCUCAGAUCAUGAGACCUUGAAGUGGAUCAAACAACAAACUACCCUGUCCCCUACCUUGUUUUGCUGGUUUCAUGAGAUUGACAUCUUCGAUUUUGAAUUAAGACACAAAAAGGGUUGUUAUAAUCGAGUCGCUGACGCAUUGUCUCGCCACCCUGAGUACAUGACUUGCCUUGUGAAAUCCUACGACCUCCAGAAGAAACUGAAGGAGGAGCUCGUAGAGCAGACAACCAAGGAUCCGGAACUUAAUCUAGUGAUUCGCAAAUUCCAACAGAAAUACCUGCUGCAAUUCGGAACCCCGAAGACUCUUGUGAGCGAUCGGGAUCCGCGUUUCAUUAGCACUGAAUGGAAGGAUUUCACAUCUCACCUAGGAAUCAAACUGAGCAAGACAUCUGGCCGACACCCUGAAGCCAACGGUUUGGUUGAGGAGAUCAACCAGACUGUGUUCCAACUACUUCGAACUUUGAUAAUCCCGGAUCAGGAAACAUGGGAUGAAGAGCUGUAUUCCGUUAAGGGGUUAUACAACAACUCCGUCCAUUCCGCCACCGGCAUGACACCCAACAGGCUGCAUUACGGUUGGCAGAUCCGGAAUCCGCUCUCUUACCUAUUCCCUGAGCAGCCAGCUGGUUUAACACCUGGCAGGCCUGGCUUCAGGGCCAAGUAUGAUCGCUUGCUCAAAGUUGCCAUUGGAGCUAUGACCAAGCGACAACACGCCAUGAUCCAUCACGCGAACAAGAAGCGCAGACUGUCAGAUAUUGAGGUAGGAAACUAUGUCCGGGUCAAGAUGUCUGAAUUCUCAGAAGAAGAGGGAGUCUCACGCAAACUCCUCCCUCUCUAUUAUGGGCCCUGGGAAGUUUUGGAUGUGAUUGGUGAAGAUGACUUUGGCCCUUCGUACGUUGUAGACGUGCCAGCUCACUUGCGCACAUAUCCCGUGUUCCAUGCAUCCAAACUGUAUCUCCACCGUGAUGCCGAGACAUUCGAUUACCGCGAAGAUAUGAUCCCCCGCGCAAUCAAGGGCGGGCAUGAGAUAGAUAAAAUCAAACAGCAUGUAGGGAAACACCUCGGGCCAGUAGGAGUGUUAGCCGCUCUUACUCGUGUUGGAGUGGUAACUUUACCUUCUCCAUUUCAAACGAAGGCCAAGGCUAUUGACCCAUUGAUCGCCCCACAGACAAAUCUAGACCUAUCAAUGCUAUGUUCGAUGGAUGUGUCCGAGUCCUUAGAGGAGAUAGAAACUGAGUGGUUAGAGAAAGACCCUACAGACUCUUGGGCGAUAUUGAACAAAGGUCCAAAAGGUGAACACUUUGUGGUAGAAGUGAACAUAGGUGGACGAAAGGUUGACGCCUUCGCAAACAUAGGUUCUACGCAAAACUUCAUCAGUCGUGCUUGUGUGGAUAGGCUGCGCUUAGGGGACCAGUUGCAUCGGCUUAGCAGAUCUGUGGCAUCUACCUUGGCCAGCAAGCACUCUAUGGUAGUAAAGGACUAUGUCAAGGACCUAGUCUACACCUUCUCCUAUGGAGGAGGGGAACUGAGACACAAGAUCUCCCUCCUAGUUAGCGAUGAGCUGCCAUUGGACAUGUUGCUAGGCAUGUACUACCUCGAGGUUGCUAAGCCUCAGUUUGAUUGGGAUAGAAAGCAGCAGUGCCACGACAGCGCAGUACCACGUCAGCAGCAGUGCCACGUCAGCAGUACCGCGGCAGCAGUGACACGUCAGCAGUGCCCCGCCACCAUGACGGUUCUAGUUUUGGGCAUACCAGGCCAACUGGCCAGUGAGUCGAUUGCCGAAUUCCAACAGCGGAUCCAAGAUCAGCUCGCACAGAUUGAGGUUGAGGAACAGCGCCAGGCGGCAGCCGAGGCUGCCCGCCUAGAGGUUGAAGCGGAGGCAGCGGCUGAAAAGCGGCGGCUUCAGGCCGUAGCUGACGCAGAUGCCCUGGCCCGCCACAAGCAGGCCCAGGAUCUGCUGCAGCGGCACAAAGCCACCGCGUCGACAGGCUCAAGUUCUGGCACUUUGAACCAUCCGAGGGCCAUGACGACGCAACACCGGAAGAGCAGGACAAGGGGCGAGGCGCUGGCUGGUCGGAGGUGGCGGUGCACUGGCUUCUCGCAGGUUGCGAGGCGCUGGCUUCUCGCGAGUGUACCAGCUCCGUUGAUGAACACCGGAGUAGGGGUUGUUGACCUUCACGACUAUGUUGAGAAGAUCGACCGCAAGUUCAAGGCACAACGAUGUCACGUAGUGUCCGCCACGAGCAUUCGAGCUUCCAUCACCUGGGAUGACGUCGAGGAGAUGGUUGUGUGUUUUCUCCACGCCCUCCCUCCCCAGGACAUCCCAUCGACGGACGCAUCGACGGACCCACACAUCACCGAGCUUCUCGACGUUUAUGGCGACGCUUUCGAAGUCCCACACGGAGUUGUACCGGAUCGGUCAAUCCGCCACGAGAUCAUCCUCGAGGCUAGGGCUGUACCUCCGCGUGGUUGCAUCUACCGCAUGAGCGAGGAAGAGUUAAGUGUGCUAUGGGCACAACUCGACGACCUUCUUGAGAAAGGUUGGAUUUGGCCUAGCUCUUCGCCAUACGGUGCCCCCGUUCUCUUCGUCCGGAAGAAGAACAAGGACUUGCGGUUGUGCAUCGAUUAUCGCAAGCUCAACGCGCAAACCGUCAAGAACGCCGAUUCUCUUCCGCGCAUGGACGACCUCCUCGAACGGCUGGGCGGCGCAAAAUUUUUCUCCAAGCUUGACCUCAAAUCGGGAUAUCACAAACUCCAAAUCUGGCAGGAGGACCGCUACAAGACCGCGUUCAAGAUGCGAUAUGGGCAUUUCGAAUGGCUGGUUAUGCCUUUUGGCCUUACGAAUGCCCCGACCAUGUUCCAAGCGGCUAUGACGACGGAGUUUCGACACAUGUUGGACAGAUUUGUACUCAUCUACCUCGACGAUAUCUUGGUGUACAGUCGAAGUUUGAACGAGCAUGUGGAGCACCUGCGCACCAUUUUGGAGCGGCUACGACAAGCCAAGUACAAAGCCAACCGCGACGAAUGUGAAUUCGUGCGGCAGGAGCUCGAAUACUUGGGCCAUUAUAUGACGCCGCAAGGCAUCCGUCCGCUCGCGAACAAGAUUGAGGCCAUCCGUGUAUGGCCCGAGCCCACCAACACCAUGGACACACUGGUUGGAUUCGCUCAAAAAAUUCAAGGGAUGCAAAACUGGCAUAACAUUAUGAUUGGAGGGAAGAGACUUCGUACACAGCUAGUGGAAGGCUCUUCCAUGUGGUCACUCCUCACGACUGCAUCAUUUACCCCUCUUCUGGAGUUCGACUUUGUCGGUCUAGACAUCUUCGAGGCACUUGACAUGCCACAGAUGGCUCAAGCAGAUCAGACAACUCGUGACUCGAUUCUCAAGGACUAUGCAAACAGGCUAAGCUUUGAGCGAAUGCGUAUCAUGCAUCCUUACUGGCUAGAGUAUCUUGCCCGGAAGUCCUCCGCCCCUGCAUCAAGGCAGGCAGCGCCCAUCUCUGGCGCUGCUGCUGUCUCCGGGCAAGGAGGAGCUGGUCCACCACCUGAUCAGGCACGGAGUGCAACGCCUGCUGCAGGGACUAGAAAUACAACGACACCCGUGAAUAUUGUUGCUAGGAACAAUACGACUCCCAGCAGCGUCCCCGGUGGGAAACAUAGUUCGAUGCGAGAUCCAGCUGGGAAUGUGAUGUCACCACAGGGUGUGGAUGAUGAUAAAUCUGUGAGUUUUGCAGGUUUGCCGGAGCCAUCAUUUCAUCAGAAUGAACCAGCCGAGAAGGAGCUCACCCCUCCCACCACUGAAGGACAAGUCCCACUUCCACAGAUACCUGGGAAGCCUCCAGGCGCAGGAAGGCUACAGGUAGGAGCACUGGUGCCUCCUCCAAAAUUGCACAGGGAUUUCAUCAAUGGUUAUCCUCGCGAUUCUGUGUCACUUGCAAUAAGACGACUCAAUUUGUCCAUGGCAAACUUCAUGGAGUCCCUCCUGAAGGGUGUUCCUCCUUUACCCUUGAAUAUGGCUAAUCCUGAGCAGCCAAGCACUCCUCGACAUCAGGGAUAUCUGCCACCCAUUCUGCAGCCAACGAGCCCAGAGGAAAGAAGAUCCAGAUUGGGAACUUCACGGUUUAAGGCUCUGAGCUUCAGUGCUCAGACACCAGGAAGUCAAGCCCAGCCAACAACAGGUGAUGAUCGGCGGCGCUUCUCAUCAGGAAUUCUUUCUGAGCUAAUUGAUGGGCCUGCUCGUCAGGAUGGCUUGUCCAAUGCUGCCCUCAAUCCCGAAAACUUCACCUCUUCAUCAGCUCCAUUGGGACAGCUUGGUCCAGAUGCCUCUGGGCCAGGAUCAUCAGCAGGAAAGUCAAAUCAGGACUUCGAUAUAUCAAGAACACCAACACCGGGCCUAGGGGUUCCUCAGUUCAGCAAUAGGUAUGCUACAAUCAUGGGUCUUGGCAGUGCGUCAAAACCUCGCUCUCCACAAACCCCUUUCCACCCAAUACCUUCCUCAGAGCUAUCGCCAGCUUUAGUUGCAUCUUUGGCGAGUGGUGGAGUGAGUGGAGGGUGGACUGUUCCAAGCGGGCCCAGUCGUGUGCAAGGCUGGCAAGUGGCAUGGGACAGCUUGAUGCGGCGGAGUGUGCAGCAAGAGAGGAAACACAUUCCAGAUGGAAAAUGCCCUCUUCGCCUUCUCUUUGAUCAAAUGGACAAAGACAAAGUAGGCUCUGUUACAAUUGAAGACCUCCGGAAAGGUAUGAAGCAAUAUGCAGGCACAAAGCUCACCAACAGCCAGUGUAUGUUCCUGGCCAAUUUCAAGGGGACAAUAAGGCCUUCAACUCUUCCAAAGGGGCCGAUGAACCUGGAGAUUAUUGGCGAUAUCCCUAUCGGUUGGAAAGAGUUUGAAGUCUUUGCGCGUGUCAUUGAUGACAUCACAUAGAAGAACUUAUUAAGAGAAGGAUGCCUGGUAUGGGAGCAGAGGGAAAGGGUAAUGAGGACCUGUUAUAUUCACAUGCUGGGUGUGUGGUGAAGUACCAGAGAAAUACUGCCUCUGGAUGGGCUGUUUCAGGCCACCAGCUUAACCUUCUCUACGUCAAAUGUUCUUAGGUUCCAUGUUGUUGUGUGUCAUGGGCUUGUGAAAAAUAUUAUGACUUCUGAGGACGGCUUCCAUGGAACAACUGUGCAUCCUUGGCAUGAAUGUACCUAUGGAUGGGAUUCGUGAAUGGCGAAGUAUCUGUUUGUGUGUGUGUGUCGUCAAUGUGUGUGUGUGCAAGUGCAUGGGUGUGUGCACGUGCGCAUGUAUGUGUCGGUCAACUUUCAGAUACUCUUGCCACCUCAUGUAGCUGUGUGAUUAUGCUCAUGGUAUAGGGUAGGAGUUUUGUGGGUAAGACAGGGUGCCUCUACUGCGUUCUUGUCUCAAUUUCUGUCCCUCUCAACCUCUCCUGUCCUUCACCGGAUGCAGAAUAAGCACCAUGAGGGCUUGGCACAAGCAGUAACGGGGAUCAUCAAACUGUAGACAUGGAGACAGAAUGGAAGAGCCCAUAGUUACCUCCAUCUGCCCCUCUCCAUCCACUGAUGUCCGGAUCUUUCUCUCAUUCACCUACAUUCCCUGCUUUCAGGUGGCAAAGAAGACAGCACCCUGGUCCAAAUGGAAUCUCUGACACACUUUGAACUCCUGGUGCUGUGUGACUGAUUGAGAACGAAAUCCAGGAGGGCAUCAACAUGUUCCAAGCACAUGCCAGGAUGACAAAGUUGAUUUAGAGAGGGACUCACACCACACCAGACACAUGCACAGCCGAAGUUGAGUAACCAUGAAGAAUUGAAUAGUAUCAAUUCAAAAGUCCAUCACCACUCUCUAGCACAAUCAGGAUCAUAAAAGAGACCAAGGGUCACAACCGAGAGUAAAACUGCUCUGAGUGA